AUGGAUAUGAGUCUAAAGGAGUUACUAGCAGCCGUCUUCCAAAGCCUACCUGUGUCCACAGAUCAUUUUGUGAAGGAAUUCCUUCACGUUCUCCACCAGGAUUUGUUUCCCUGCGUGGUUCCUGUGGGAGUGGCCGCUACGUUUAUGUCCGUCCUCUCUGCCGUCUUUGUGGCUUAUAGAUGGAACCGAACCCCAAAGUGCAGAUCCUCCGAAGUAGAUGAAGGUGAUGCAUCCUGCACUGUGGGAGCUAAAGAGACAGAGAGGACUCAUGCGAUGAAGACGAAUCCGAGAAGCCAGGUCUCCCUCGGUCAACUGCAGAGCGUCGUCACGACGACGUGGAUAAACAAACUGGAAGAACGUUUGAAACAAAGUGACAUCCUUCAAAAACAGCUGGAGAACGAACUGGAAACUGCAAGAAGAGAUCUGGAGGCGAUGAAGACGAAUCCGAGAAGCCAGGUCUCCCUCGGUCAACUGCAGAACGUCGUCACGACGACGUGGAUAAACAAACUGGAAGAACGUUUGAAACAAAGUGACAUUCUUCAAAAACAGCUGGAGAACGAACUGGAAACUGCAAGAAGAGAUCUGGAGACCAGCCAUCAGCAGACUGACAGAAAACUUUGUCAGAGAGAUGAAGAAGUGAAUAAGAUCACUGAGAAACUGAAGAACAUGACGGAGGAGCACAACAAGCAGCAGAGCUUGCUACAAGAAUCCAAGCGUGAAGCCGAGUCUCUGAUCAAGGAGAACCAGGAGUUAGAGAAAAAACUGACUGAAGUUAGGAAAGACGACGUGAAGCAGCCUGAGGCUGAAGUCCUGCAGCAGCUGAAGUCUGAACAGCUAAAGAGAGAAAAGGCUGAAAAAUCCCUGCAAGAGCUGAAAACAGAGCUGGACACCAAAAACCAAAAGCUGGAGAGUUUAUCAAAAAAGGUUGAAAUUCUCCAUGAGAUGAUGAAGAAGACAGAAGAGUCUCAGCAGGUGUUGAUGAAGGAGCUGGAAAACCAUAAAAACCAGAAAAACCCGGAUCCUGAUCAAUCUGCAGCCGUUGAGGAGUUAAAAGUGGAGAACAUGACGUCAGAGAUAACGGAGCUCCGCAAAGAGGCAAAACAUGUUAUAGUCUUUAUAUUCUGUUGA